AUGGCUGCUCGGGCGCUCAGUGAAAACCAAGGUCGGGGGCUCGGGACCUCCGUAAAAAGGAGCUACUGAUAAUAACUAACCAGGGGAUUCAGUUAAGUAUACUUAGGUGUUCUUCCCAAUUUCAAGAAGAAAAAAAGUGUUCUUGCCACUCUCGCUCUGCUCGGACGCGCGCCGCCAUGGACAGUUCCUCCCUGCUCUUCCCUCGCUUCCAAUCUCGUCGCGUUAAUCACCUUCCAGUUCCACCAACGCGAGAAAUCUCAUUUUUCCAGACACAGAAUUCCAGUUCUAUAGUUUCGAUGCGAAUUACCCAGCGCCAUCCCUUCCCCAGUUCUCCAGCCUCGUCAGAGUAGCCGAUGGAGAUAGAUCUGAACCGGGACGCCCGCGACGGCGACGCGGAGAGGGUCGCCGCCCCGCAGAGUAACCGCGCCGUCGGAGUGGAGGUCGUCGCCCAGGAGGGCAACGGCGAUGGUGGCAUGGUGGCCGCUGCGGAGGGCGUCGGCGCUGCCCCGGAGACGGUCGGCGUCGGCGCCGAGGAGGGCGUCGCCCCGGAGAAGAACGGCGUCGGCUCCGGUGGCGAGAAGGAGGUCGCCUCGGAGGGGAGCGGCGCCGGCGCCGAGGUGGGCGCUGCCGUCGAGACGAACGGCGUCGCAGUUGACGUCUGGAUCUGCCACCAGUGCCGUCAGAGAAAAACAGGGCUCACGGCAGCUUGCAGAGGGUCCAAGAAGAAUGGCAAGUGCACUCUCAGAUAUUGCAAGAAUUGCAUACGUAACAGGUACCCUUUGAUUGCGGAUGAGGUGUUGAAGGAGGAAGCCUGGGAAUGCCCCAAGUGCAGGAAUGACUGCAACUGCAGCAAGUGCAAAAAGAGGAGAGGGGAGGAGCCAGCAGGACCAAUGGUCCAUUCUGUCAAGAGACCGAAGGGCGACCUGCGGAGAAUUGAGAGCACCGAUGCUCUCAAGGAUGAAAUAGUCAUACCCAGAGGUACUCUUGUCAAGAGACCGAAGGGCAACCUGCGGAGAAUUGAGAGCACCGAUGCUCUCAAGGAUGAAAUAGUCAUACCCAGAGGUACUCUUGUCAAGAGACCGAAGGGCAACCUGCGGAGAAUUGAGAGCACCGAUGCUCUCAAGGAUGAAAUAGUCAUACCCAGAGGUACUCUUGUGACUUGCGUUGCUGGUGUAGAGAUGCAGCCUGAAGAUGUUGGUGCCGCCAUUCAAUUUUUGGAGUUUUGUCGCUCAUUUGGCGAGAUCUUCCAAAUAAGGAAGGGCCAAUCAGAAAAAAUUGUCAAAGACAUAACUGGAGAUCGUCAACUCCGAGAGGUGUCUUCAGUUGUUGCUGAGCUUCACACAAACCUGUUGUCUGUCAUAGAAAAUGGCAAUUACAAGCCUUUGAAAUAUCCAAAACAUGGGGAUACAUGGAUAAGAAGACUCAGCAAAUAUAUCACUGACUCGACAUUACACGCAAAAGAUUUCAUCCUUGACUGCUUAAGCCAUGGGCUAUCUGGAUAUAAAAAUUUGAGCCCUUCUCAUAAGCUGGAUGUGCUGAAUUCUCUGUGUGACGAGGCAUUAUCAUCUGAAAAGUUGAGGACUAGGAUUGAAGCUAGAGAGGGUGUGGCCAGACAAAAGAUCCGUGCUGCAACCGAGAAGGAAAAGGAGCUAAAAGAAAGACAGAAUGACAUGGCUAAAACAAUGGGAGGAGAAAUCACUGGCAAUGAAGAAGCUAAUAAUAUCUUUUGUCAAAUAAAAGAGGCAAAAGAAGUCAAGCAGGCAGCCAUGAAGGAAUUAGAGGAACUGGGAUGUGUCCUUAGGUCCACGCCUGUCAUGGUAGACAAAGGAGUAGCAUACUGGAAGCUGGAUGGCUAUUGUAAUAACAAUACAAACAUAUUGCGCCAAGAAUUUGACAAAGAAGCUACAAUGAAGAACCAAGACAAGUGGUUCAUGUUCAGUGAAGAUGAACAGAAAGUAGUUGAAAAUCAUGUAACUACAAGGUCCCAGCGCCCAUGGAGAAAGGAUAACCGGGUGUGAUGAUUUACAGAUCCCAAUCUCCUGCUGUUUUAACUGCUUGAUGGUGAAUGAACUACCCCAGAUGACAGUUGCUACAGAACAACCAACAUUUCUCGAAGAUUGGGUCAUAGCAUUUGAAUACAAAUCUUGUGGCAUCUUUUUUCUCCCCUAUGGGAACACAGCAAGACUUUGUAGCACCUUCUGAUGUAUUUUUUGGGGAUGUUUUGAAAAUGAGAGAAAGCUAGAGCAUGCAGCUUUGCUGAAAUUUAUCGUUAGCAUUUGAAUGUCGUACAGCCAAAUUUUCAUGCUGUAUCGUACUCCUUCUGUAAAGAAAUAUAUGAGUGUUUAGAUCACUAUACGCUCUUAUAUUUCUUUAUGGAGGGAGUAUUAUUGAUCGUUCUAUAGCAGAAACGGAUUAUUUCCAGUCUCGAACAUGAAAGAGCUUUCUUUGAUUAUUA